AUGGAUUCAAGCGAGAAUUUGAAUAUGAAAGAAAACAUAAAACCACAGACAAACCCUUCAAAGCUUUGCCAAACUCAGGCAACUGAGGCCUCUGAUACAGAAGUCUCAUCUAAAGAAUUUAGUGUAGAUAAAAGUCUUUCACCUUUAAUCUGUAGAAGGUUAAAGUUUGUAAGAUAUAACCUUAGAAACUCUGAAGAAGACUUAAAAUUGUCUAAUAAAGCUAUCUCCAAAAGACAAAAACUAAGCUAA